UUUGUGUUGAACGCUUUUCACAGUUUGCCGGUAAUCUUUAUAUCGGCGAGUGCUUCGCGUUUUUCGAGUCAAAAUAAAAACCAUUCGCGGAUACGUUGGUUUUGAGUUUGAGCGAAUUAGAUGUCGGAACAGCCUUAAGCGAUUGGUGAAUAAGUGUGUGCUAUCGUGAAAAUUGUUAUCGGACCAAUAUUUGAACCUAGAACACUUCGUUCUCGCGAAUUCCUUCCGCAAACGACGACGUAAACAAAAACGGUGAUCAUGCCGUUCGACAACGUGCAAAAUUUGAUUCGUUCGAAUCAGAAUCUGACCUGGCGUUCGGCCCCCAAAUGUCCGAAAUGCCAUCAAUUGUUCACUUCAAGCUAUAUUAAAAAUGGGAUUUCUCGACGGGCAUUCAUCCUAAAGUGUGACCAUUCGAUGUGUGAGCGAUGUAUCAUGGAUCAGAUGCAUAUGCCGGGCCGAAUAGUGGUCUGUCGAAUCUGUGAUAUUCGCACCAUCCUGGAACCUAAACGUCGUUUAACCGAACAACUUCAGCAAAGCUAUCAAAUGCUGGGGUUUAUUUACCAGCGCCAACAUGAGAUUUCACGGCUGCCAAAUACGAUUGAUCCUCUGGCUCCUGGUUCUGUCGAACCGGAUGAGGAGGAACUGGACAAGGAAUGUUAUGAGUGUAAUCUGGCCAGAACGCGCCAUUAUUGUAAGGAAUGUAAUACCCCUCUGUGCAGGGAUUGCUUCGAGAAGAUUCAUCGCAUCGGAAAGGUGCUUUCGAAGCAUAAGUUUUGCUCCCUCUCGGCUAAGAAGUGGUUAAUGGAUGAUGUGAGCAUUUGCGAAAAGCACAAGCUAACAACGGUUUUCCUGUGCACAAAUUGUGAACUGCGAGUGUGUUCCGCUUGCCGGAACGAAGUUCACUCGAUGCAUCUGUGUGUCGAGGUUGUCGAUGUCAACAAGGAAGCUCAGCCCAGUUUGGAGAAGCUGAUCAAAGAUUUGGAGCAGGCGUACGCAAUGAAUGCGCAAGGAAAAAAGGAUACUGACAAGAUUCUCGAGCAGCAGAAAGAGUAUGCUGACAAGGCCUUGACGGAAAUCACAGAUUAUUUCUUCUCAAUGCACAACGUGCUCCAAUCGGUGGAGCAAGAACUACUACUGUCGGUAAAAUCCAACUUUCUCCAGCUUCACACAGAAACGACAGAUGUACAGAAGGAACUGAAUAGCGCUAGUCGCAAUCUACAGCGCUCGAUCGAGCAAUUCAAAUCAUUCCAGGUGGCACUGCCCCGCCAGGUGCUGCUGACCGAUCUGAUCAGAGAUAUGAAGAAUAAACUUCAGACGAUUCCAGCGACUGUACGCUUCCAGGUACCCAAGGAGAACCCGUUCUGUUUCCGGGAACGCAAUCCUCUGCGGAAAGAAAUCCGCAAUUACUUCGAGCUUUCGUACAAACCGAACAGCUAUCGAUACACGUUGGCCCCACUCUAUGCCCGUGAGACUUUGCCUCCAGCAUUGGAACCCAUCAACUCACCCGAACCCGAACACUCUGGCCAAUCAGCACCGAGAUCGGAUGCUGACGAAAUAGAGAAAUCAACCCUUUCUUCCGUUCGUACUUCGAAGGAUAUGGAGAUCAGCGAUAUAUCUCCUGAGGUGACCUUGUCGGAAGUGAUAGCCAUGUCGGCAAAUCAAGGCAAAUCGUUUAACAGGUCUGUGGCAUCCGGUACCUCUUCAGAGCGCCACAUCCGUUCGUCCAACAGUAAACGUAACAAUGUAGCGAAACGCAGUGCGGAAAAAACAAAUCCCAAACCUGCUACACUAGAAAACAACAGCAAUGAUACUAAACAGGUUCCCGCUAAAACGCCCAAUAAACCGAAUAAACCGAAGAUUGAAGCGAAAACUCCGAACGUGGAGCCCGUUGCCGGCACCUCAAAGCAGUCUCCUCGCAGCGACCACGGUGGGAAUGGUAACCAAAGCACCUUGAAGCGAGCACGUGGUGGUCGCCUCAAGUCCCACGGAUCGUCGUACUCGGGACAGAGUUGUUCCAACCAGCGGCCACCAUCCAUACCUCCACCCGAGGUAGCUCGUGAGGUGCGAAAACCAGUGCUCGAAAUAAAUCCUAUCAAUCCGGACAACGCCUCCUUCAUCAAGUUCAGCCAGAAGGUGAACGUAACCUGUGUCCAGAGCCCGCAGAAGUUCUACGUCCAGAACCAGUGCUUCCGAUCGAUCGUCAACGAAUUGUGUCAGGAUGAGGGUGGCACCGCGAAUGAGCCAAAGGAAAUCAGCAUGAAUGCAAUGUAUUUGGCACAGCCUACGGCCGAACAGCGAUGGUACCGGGUGAAGAUUCUCAAGCGGGUAAAACCUGGAAAAAAAUACGAAGUGAUCUUCGUCGAUUACGGCCGCACGGAUGAGAUCACGCGCUCGCAGAUCCGCGAGCUCAGCGAUGACCUGAAGGAAUUUCAACCGGGUGCGUACGAGUGUUCGCUGUACGAUUUGGUACCGGCGGAUGGCAGCAAAAACUGGAGUCUCGAGGCCCGCCAGAUCAUGAUUGAUUUCAUAGAAAACAAACAAAUGAUCAUGUACCUGGUGGAGAACGACGAAAACAGCCCCGAUCCGAUGCAGGUUGAUUUGAUUGCCCAAACCAUCGACAGCCCAAAGUCGCUUCGCCACGCACUCGUUUAUCUCAACUUGGCCAAGUUUGAUCCGAAGCCUGUGAAACGUAGCAAAGACUCCACACGUAAAAUCGAUCAACUUGAAAAAACGCUACAAAAAUGGAUCACCGACUACAAACGAAAAAUUGUCCGCCGGCAGUUGGAAAAGGACGACGUUUUCAAGGCGCGCAUAUCGUAUUCGGCUUCCCCGAGCGAAUUUUACAUAGUGGAGAGCAAGGUGCAGGAACAGUUCAACAAGCUGCAGCUUGAGUUGGCCCAAUAUUGCUACAAAGAGGCAAAAGUGGCCUAUUCGCCACAUGUGGGCAUGAUUUGCGCGUUCGUGGAAAAAGACGCCGACGAGGGCAUGAUCUGGAAGCGCGGACAGAUUCGGAAGAUUUGCGAAGGUCACUGCGAGAUAUUCUCGGUGGAUACGGGCCACCGGCUGUUGAUCCCGUGGCAGGACAUUCGCUACAUUCCGAAGCAGUUCUGUUCACCGGCCGGAUUCGCCAUUUGCUGUCGGCUGAUGCAUAUCCAACCGUUCAAGCAGUAUCAUCACCGAUGGACGGAGGAAGCGGUGCGUGAUUUUAACCGACAAGCCAAUACACCCUCCGUGUUCCAGAUUAUCGUUGGUGGUCUCGGAGACGAAGGUUGCUAUGAUGUGGCGCUGUACAUUGUACGAAAGAAGCUGGACAUCUGCAUAAACGGGCUGAUGGUUAAGAAUGGUUUUGCGGUUUCUACUGGACCCGAAAGUAUGGUGGUGGAACGGUUCAAGGAGGUUGUGCCAGAGCAAACGCUGGAUUCAACUAAAGGUAGUGGGGCGAAUAAUCAAACCACUGGCAGCAAGAGCUCAACAUCGGAGAAGCGACAAACAAGAGUACGGGUGGAUAUUUUGCGAAUCAUUUCGCCGGAUGAGUUCUAUGUGAGCUUGUUCAAAAAUGCAUGUGGAAUCGCUCGGAUGCAGGAGGAGAUCCAAAAUAAAAUGGAUGAAAAAAUGGACGACGAAGAUGAUAAGACCAACUGGAAGAUAGGUGAGGUGUGUCUGGUAUUUCCCACCACCAUUACGGGUAAUGAGGGAAUCGACUGUGAGUGGUACCGGGCCCGGGUUAUGGAAAUCGUUGACGACAGCAACUACACUGUGUUUCUCAUUGAUAAAGCGUACACAAUGAAUACACAUUAUUCGAACAUGUGCACAAUCCCCGCGGAACUGAAACAGAUACACCCAGCAGCCAUACGCUGCUUUCUGGCAUGCAUCGGACCGACCGGAAACAAGGAAACCUGGAGUUCUUCUGUGAUUGACGCCUUCAAAGUGGCGAUCGACAAAUUUGAACUGUUUUCCAUUUCGCUCCAUGGAAAAGGUAUCAAUGAUUCCCUACCGGUUGUCCUGUGGGGCAUGGCGGCCGAAAAAGCGAAAGCCUUCUCACCGCAGAUGUUUCAGUACACGAACAUCAACAACUGUCUGGUCCAGUAUGGCUACGUGCACCUGAAGGAAAAAUUCCAACCGUUGUCAUCGGCCGAAUCGGUGGAAGAUGAACUUUCGCGAUACUACCAGGCGUUCGAUCAGUUCUUCGAAGGUAUCAACGAUGGGGUGGAACGACCUAUGACGAAUCUGAGCCUGGAUGAUUCCUACAACGUGUAUCAGAAAGACAUAACCGACGAGGCGACACCAAUCGAGCGCUGGCUGCCGGCGAAACCCAUCGACAAGGCCAUUUUUGUGGGUGUACCCACCUACGUGGACAACAACGGUAUCAUCUAUCUGCACGACGUGGAAAAGAAGCGCACGCUGGAAAUGAUAAAGAACGUUAUCAACGCAAAGUUCGAAAAGAGUAAACAGCAUCCCGCCGAUAAGUUCUACGCCGUUGGCGAGCCCUGCAUGGCAAGGUUCCACAUUGACGAGUUGUUCUAUCGAGCGAUCAUACGGCAGGCGCUUAGCUCCUGUCGGUACAAGGUACAGUUCGUUGACUACGGGAACAUUGAAGAGUGUGACCUGAAGGACAUUCGAAAAAAUAUAAUUUGCGGUCGGGUACCUGCACUGGUCAACAAGUACCGCCUGACGGACGUCUCGCCCCGAACCAACAACGGAAUAUGGCCAACGAAAACCCUCGACACUAUGCAUUCACUCAUCGUGGGCAAACAGUGCCAGGUUCGCGUGGACACCGAUAUGGAUACCGAUGCAGCCGGGGCUGUUCCGUGCUUCCUGAAAGUGACGGGCGAAGGCUCGACCGAUGUGUCCGAUUACCUGCUUGAGAUGGCUCUUGUCGAGAAGAAAUACAGCGUUUUUGAUCCAAAAGUUGACGAUCUGUUCGAACCGGACAUUGAGGAUGUGGUCAAACAGAGAGCUUCUUUGUCGUCAAAAGAAUCACGUUCACGGAUUGCGGCCAAUUUUGGGACCGAGCCAACAGCUUCCCAAAACACUGAUAGCGAUAGCGAAGAUGCCCCAAACCAUGAUGUUCAGGCGCGUCUCCAACAGAAGGAAUUGGAUGAUCUUUUCGAUAUCCUAGCCACGGAACAGUCUCGAGAUGAUCGCGAAGAAGACGAGGAGGGCGAUUCCGCUGGCAAUGUCACCGAAAUUGAUCUCAACAAAGUGAGAUAUUUUUACAGCUAUGGUGACUUGAAUUUAGAACUUGACUCAGAUCUCGAAGAUGGUGAAGUCAUCGAUGGGGACAAGAAGGGUGACGAAGAAAAAGCUUAUGCGGGAACCGACGCUUCGUCUAACAUUUCAUUCAAUCCGAACGAAUUUGAUUCAUCGACACAGAUUGAUCCACCGUUGGAACUGACCCGACCGACAAACAAUGGCUAUCCCCAGUUCGAAUUGGACGAGGAGAUUAAAGGGUUCUACUGCGAGGUUACCAACCUCAUCAACCCUUUCAAUCUGUUUGUGUUUCCACAAAUAGAUGCACACAUCCAACUGAUGAAGGAGGUGAUGGCAAGAAUUCAGUGCUACGCCAGGAAACAUCGGACUUGUUCCGAUAUCGAAGAGAAUAUGCCCUGCAUAGCGCUGUACAAGCAGGAUAAUUUUUGGUACCGUGGGGUCAUCGAAGAGUAUUUCCCGGACAGUGCUGAGGUAAGAAUUUUCUACGUUGACUAUCUGAACAAAGAGACGGUCAGCGUUCGUGACAUCUUGAAGUGUCCUGUCAGCUUGCGACGAGUUCCUCUGCGGAACGUCCAGGUACAGCUACACGCACUCCAAGCGAAUCCCCGGAUGCGCGAGAACGAUGUCACCAUGAAGUUGGUGGAACUGAUCGAAGGUAAGCGCAUAUACGCAAAAGUAACCAAACAUAAGCCCACACUCGAGGUUGAACUUUACACUGAUUCCAAGUGUACAAACCUCAUCUACCAUAAGAUGAUCAAGGAGAAGUACUUCCUGAUCGAUUCGAGCAGCUCUUCUUCAUCCCGCCGGCGCGAGAAAUAGGUUGCGCGGAAUUGGAAUAGGGAAUGGCAAGGAAAAAUAAUGAGAAAGUACCCUGCUUCGAAUUUCCUUGAAAAAGAAGGCUCUUUCCUGGUAUUAAUAUUAUCAUUAUUAUUUCUAACAU